AUGGGUUUUUGGUACAAACCAAAUUGUCCAUUCGAUGAGAAAUUUUCAUUUGUGUCGGAUUUUUAUGUACAUCUCAUAAUUAACGGUUGCUGGCCUACCGAUGGUGACCCGAAGAGUUUAUCCUAUCGCAUCUGUAAUGCCUUGUAUACGCUUUGGAGUUGUCAGGUGAUAUUCUCUUUGAAUUUCACCCUAUAUGCCGAGUGCAUGUAUGUCUACGAAAAUAGUGCCGAUUUGGGAAAAGUUGUUGGAAAUAUGUGCCUGAUUAUGAUUGCUUUAAUGGUAAGCCUACGAUUGCUCUAUUUCCGUGGUGACAUAUCUCGGAUGAAGCGACUCCUAACCAUGUUUGCUGAAAAGAUAUGGAUUGACAGCGAAGCCCAUCCCAAGGCAUACGAGCGGGCUGUGCGCCGUACCAAACCCACAUUUUACAUAUCCCUAUCGCUGUGGAUAUGUUUGGUACUCUAUCUGUUGUUCCCCAUAAUAUUCAACCUAACGCAAGGGAAAUCGCCAGAUUCUAACGAUAAGCCUUUGCCUUUCCCCACUGUGUUUCCCUAUGACACCCAGACACAUUGGGCUUAUAUUUUCACCUAUAUCUUCCUGUCAUAUGCCGGCUAUAUUGCUGUGUCUCUCUUCUAUGCCAUGGAUGCCAUAUUGGCAUAUUUCAUUAGUUUCGUCGUUGGACAAUUCGAGAUUUUGCACGCUGAUAUUGCCCGUCUCAUACCGGAGUGUCAUGCCGAGUGGCUGCGACGAUAUGGCGCUGGGGCGGCAGAGAAUGGCGUAAAAUUGAAUUAUUUACAGGAAAUGUAUGCGAAACGUUUGCAUGGCAUAGCCAAGCGACACAAGGAUAUCAUUGCAUUUUGCAAGGAAUUGGAGAAGUUCAUGUCAUUUCCAUUAUUUGCCAAUUAUGGCACCUCAACAUUUUUAAUCUGCUUCGUGGGCUUUCAGUUUAUGAUAGCUGGCCUAAAAUCCUUUGGCGAUUUCAUGCGAUUCUUUAUGUUCUUCAUGGCCGUAACCGGGCAAUUAUUUAUAGUAUGUAAAUUGGGAAAUUUACUGAUAACCCAGUCAACCGAUACAGCCCACUAUUUAUUUGCCUGCAAUUGGGAAGGUGGUUAUUUAUCUAAGAAUUCGCCACUUCUGUUAUAUCCGGAUAUUAUGGAACUGCAGGAAUUGAAUCGGAAUCUGCCACUUUGGAAAGAUUUGAGUUACAUUCCAGCGAAUCGUAAUUUUAAACUGAAAUUAAUGUUCAUGAUAAUGCGUAGUAAUCGGCCUGUUCAGCUGAGUGUCAUGCAGUUUACGGUCUUGUCCCUGCAAAGUUUUAAUAAGGUAUUAAGAAUUUUUGAUUAUUAG